GGGUAAUAUAGGAUGUGUUCUCCCUUUUGUCAAGAGAUGGUGAACAUCUUAGAGGAGAAAUGCUCAAAACAGCGAAAACUUGGUUUAGUUGUAACAACCUAAAACUAAAUGAGUCAAAAACACAGAACAUAGUAUUCAGUUCAGAUAAAUGGUCAUUAAAAUCAGAACCAGCAAAAUUACUUGGUAUCACUCUAGAUACAAGUUUAAACUGGUCUAAUCACAUUGACAACUUAUGUGGAAGACUCUCCUCUCAGAUAUUUGCCAUGCGGCAGCUAAGGACCUCUCUUGAUAAUAAAACAAUUACAACCGUGUAUUACGCAAUGGUCCAUAGUGUUAUGUCAUACGGCAUCUUACUGUGGGGAAAUGCACCCAAUUCGUUCAAGGUAUUUAAUUUACAGAAGGCUGCUGUCAGGACCAUUGAUAUGGUACCAUAUGAUGCACAUUGUGGACCACUGUUCCAUAAGUACAGGAUUCUGCCCUUGCCUUGUGUUUAUGUCUUAGAAUCACUGGUCUUCAUUCACAAAAACAUUAAGAAUUUAAAAACGCACUCAGACAUUCAUUCAUAUAACACAAGGAAUGGACAGAACCUAAUUGUACCGUUCUCAAGGAUACGAUCAACCCAGGUCAAUAAGAUAGACCUUAAUCUAUACAAUAAAUUUAUAUGCAUACAUAAUGACAACACUAUAAAAUCAAUGAGCAUUAACUCAUUUAAAAAAUUGGCAAAAAACUUUUUACUAAAACAUUGUUUUUAUAGUGUUAAUGAUUUUAAAAAUUUUAUAAUGUAACAUUAUGAUUUAAUAUUUAUG